UCUUGCCUAUAGUAACCGUGCGACGCUUGGGGGAGGGGAGGGACUUAGCAACUGGUAACUGGGCUGUGCGCCCUGGGGUGGUCACCGGCGAUUCUAUGGGGUGUUGGGUGACCCGGGCUCCGUGAGUUCACACCCUCAGCAAUGGGACGCUCUUGUGUACUUAGCUAGGUGGGUAAGAGGGCGCUGUAAACUGGGGUGACGGUCCUGUCCUUCCACCAACACUUCCUCACGGCCGGAGCAUCCUUGUAAACGGAGAGAUGAAGAAGAUAUUCGGCUUCGGGAGGAAGAAGAAGAGCGGUCCUUCCUCCAGCACAUCGGAGACCGGCAGCGUCCUCUCUGCGGGCUAUGAGCUGAAGGAGAAGGACCUCAGCAAGUUCCAGCGAGCGGCGUCCUCCGGGGAUGUGGCCAAGACCAGGCAGCUGCUGCACAAGCAGGACAUCAACCAGGUGGACAAGGAGAACAGAACACCUUUGCACCUUGCCUGUGCAAACGGACAUCUGGAUGUGGUGAAACUGUUAGUAGAAAACAAGGCAAAAUUAAAUGUCUGCGACAACGACAGUCGAUCUCCGCUAAUGAAGGCCAUACAGUGUCAACAUGAACCGUGUGCAACCAUUUUGCUAGAACAUCAGGCAGAUCCCAAUGUGGUAGACCUCAAUGAAAACGCUGCUCUUCAUCUUGCUGCUCUCAUUCCAUCAAUGACCGUAGCAGUUCAGCUGCUGGAACAUGGGGCCAACAUCAAUGCAGUAAAUAAGGAUGGCUGCACACCACUUAUUCUUGCUGCUACAGAAAAUCACCAAGAAAUGGUUGAGCUUUUGAUCAAAGAAGGAGCUGAUAUAAAUUCAAGGGACAGCAAUGGAAGGACAUCUUUAAUGAUCGCAGCAAGCAACGGUCAUAUCAGUUUAGUGAAGUACCUUCUCCAAAACCAGGCUGAUAGUUCUGUAAAAGAUCUGACUGGUUGGACUGCUGAUGAUUAUGCUGUUAAUGAUGGCCACCAUGCAUGCUCACAGUUAAUUUUUGAGCAUGUCUCAAGGUCUAAGACUAACUCUUCUCCUCACUAUGGAGCUAACAAGAAGGGAACAUCAGUGGCUGGUAGAUUUACUCUAGGCAGUCCAGCUACAGACAAAGAAGGAGCUGAAGCUUCUCAAGCUGAAUCUGAAUCCAGCCGUGCUACUGAAGAUGCUGAUUCCUGGCCUUCUGAUGAUGAAGAUGACUUAGAUUUUAGUCCAAAGAAGACUGCCAAACCAAGUUUAACGCAGCUCCUGCAUACAAAGAAGAACAUUAUUGAAAAGGGUAGUUUUACCUCAGUACAGCCUAAAGGCUUUACUCUGGAGAGUAAAUCAGAUAGUGAAGAAGACUCUGUUCAUGAUGGUGAAGAUGAAGGUGCAAAUAUUCAGUCCCCUCCUCAGCCUUUCCCCCAGGCCCGCUCCUUUCCUCAUCCUGUGUGCAUUAAACCUGGCUCUCUUGCAAAACCUUCCCAGCUGGCUUCUGCCUCCCUCUUCGGAGUCAAUAAGGACGAUUCUUUUUCUGGUGACGAAGUUGAUGAAAGUGCUAAACAAUCAGUUAGAACGGAUACUUCUCAUCCAGAAAAGGUGCAAGCUAGUGGAGAAGGCAAUGGCAGAAAAGUUGCAUUAAUGACAGAACUAGGAUUUGAAGAUGAUGAUGUUGAAUCACCUUGGGACUCUGAGUCUGCUUCAGACAGCCCAAGAAAGCAAUCUGCCAGCGAUGUAGUCCCAACGUCUGUUCAAGCCCAUAUGCAAUGUAUAUCAGAAGAAUCCAAUGAAGAUAUGUAUUAUUGCCCUUCCUUUCCAAAGCAAUCAAGAAUCUGUAAGAUACCAGAUGAGGGCUGGCACUUUAGGCCAAGGGAGGCUUCCGAAAACAGUACAGCAGUGAAAGCACUGGACACUAAAAAGGACUCGUUUUUGCAAACUAAAGAAGGUUCCACGUCUAACGUUUUCAUGACAACUUCUGAAAAAAAUAAGCCAGACCUUAUGGCAGACUUGGGGCUAGAUGAUGCAGAUGAUAUUGAAGAUGCUUCAGACUGGGACUCAACCAGCCAUUCAUUUAAAUGUGCAACACACACUUCUCCUAGCCAUAAACUGCAUGAAAACUCCUCUCCACAGACAGGUAGUGGUAAAUUUACAUCCAAAGAUAAUAAUACUUCGCAUCCAGCAUUUCUGUGUCCAGUACCUGAAGACGAAAGUGAAGAUCGUAUGCAGUUGGGGCUGAAUAAAGGCAUCCCCAAAGACCUAUCACAGAAUGGCAAAACCGGGUUAACAAAUGGCGACCAGUUGACCAAUGCCAUAAAUAAUAUACCGACUGAGCAUAUGUUAACGAAGUCCAGCCUAAGAAAGGAUGAUAUGGUAAAUGAUACUAAUGAAGUGAUCUCACAACAGCAGCUUGAAAGUCAAACUUUAGCAAAAGUUCUUGACAGUCAGGAGUCUUCAUCUGAAUCUGAUCUGCCUUGGGAGGAGAAAUAUGAAAAACUGUGGGUUGACAAUGAGAAAAAAGAGGUCAAGUCACAUUUUAGAGACAUUACAGCUGAGCUGAAGCAAAAGUUUGGAGAAAUGUAUUACAAGAAAAAGACUUCUUCAAAGACCAGUAAAGGACAAGAAUGGGUUUCAUCUAGAGUGGAUAAUGGAGGCAGUCGCCUAGUAGAGGAAAAAUAUGCUUCAUCCUUGGAAAAACGUCCAUUGGCAGCUCAACUUAAAAACUCAAUGUCCAUAGUAACUUCUCAAUUAACUGUUAAUCAGAAGAGCAAAGGUUCUGGAGACCAUUAUUCCAUUCAGCAUCACAAGGCUGGAAGUGAAUCUCGGGAGCACAACACUGUUAAAAAUGAGCCUUAUCCUUUAGUAGAUAAAGACCAUCACCUAUCAGAUAAGUUAAGUGAUUAUAUUCCUCCUGUGCAGAAGCCUCUGGGAAAUAAAUUGUCAUUCUCUUCUGAAAAGGGUAUGAAAAAUAUCUCAAACCCAAGUUCUGAAAUAUUAGAUAAUAUGCAUGCUGAAAGAAAUGAGCCCUCUGGGAAGCAGGAAAGUUUACCGCACCAAUUUAAAAAUGAUCAGCACAAUAAUCUGGAAGGUGAAAAUGUCUCCAAAGACCUUAUUUGUGAAGAACCUAUAAAGAAUCUAGACAGACAACUGGAUCAAGACUUGAGAAGAUUUAAGAACGAGGUAGGAAUGCUACAAAUGGUAUUCCUGGAUUUGACAAGAGAGAGAGAAGAACUACAGAAAGAGGUUGGGAGAGAAAAAGGAGGUAAUCUUAGCAGGCAAGGAGAAUCGGAGAAGUCAAAAGGUGGUGACAAGACUGGUCUGCAAGUUGAGCCUCGUAUUGAACUGAAUGCAAAAUCUAAAACUAGCUCACAUAAAGGGAAUAAUGAAGUGGAAAAGUCUAUGUCCAGCCACGCUGAUGACAAAGCAUCUUCUAAAAAAGAAAAACAUCCAGUGAAUGGUAGCAUGCUUGAUGCAUUUGAUGAAAGCAGCCUAAGUGAGAUCUCACAGGAGGAGGAUGGGAGGUCAUCUGGUAAACGUACAGAAAAACAAAAGAUUAAUGAAGAUGUAGCUGAUUAUUCGCAGUCCUCUGACACUGCCACUGAAGAUUCUGAAUUACCUACUUCAGCUUUCACUAAUGCGAUGUUACUAAUCAAACAACUCAACCUUGAUGGCCAAGAUUCCUUGACAUCUUUGAAAAUCCAAAAUAUUCUACACGAGUAUGAACGAGUAAUAGAAAAAGAAAAGGGACGCCGUGCACUCCUGUCACGUGAAGUAAAGAAAUUGCGCAGAGAACGAAAAGAAAUGCAACAAAUUAUGGAAGAAAACAGAGAACUCAAGUUUUUGUUAGAACAUCACAAAGUAGAAUGGGAGAGUGACCUAAACAAUCUAAGGCUUACCCUUAAGCAAGAGGAAGAAAAAAGAAAGAGUGCAGAAAUGCUGUAUGAUAAGAGCAAAGAACAACUAAGAAAGAAGGAGGAUCACUGUUGUAAGGAGAUGGAGGAGAAACAACACCUCGAAUUGACCUUAAGAAAUUUAGAACUUGAAAUGAGGAGCCUGAAGAACAAUAUGAAGCAGGUUGAAGAUGAACGAACUGAAGCACAGCGGUUAUAUGCACAAGAACUCAAUGCCAGAGUACUUAAUGAAAGUGCUUUAAAUAAUCUAAAGAAAAAGAACGCAGAGGAAGAAGCCAAAAAAAUGAAGACUAAACACGACGAGCAGAUACUCGGCCAGUCUCCCGAAACAAAUGAGAAGGAAAAAGAUCUAGCUAUGAGAAAUGUAACCUUACAAGAGGAAGUGACCACUCUUAAAGUUGAAAUGGAUAAUAUGCGUUCUCGUUAUCAAGAAGAGGAGAGCAGAUAUAUGGAUGAGAAUGAAAUGUUAAAAGAAAAAAUUGAAGAUCUAAGAAAAGAUCUUAAAAUGAAUGAGGAAACCUUAACCCAAACUGUGAUUCACUACAAUGGACAGCUCAAUGCACUGAAGACCGAGGCAGCCAUGAUGUGCUCGAAAGUCGAGCACGAGAAGCAAAGCAAAGAAAGGCUGGAAACUGAACUGGAGGCAGUACGUUCUCGACUGAACUCUACUAUACAGGAUCUUGAAAGAAGUCAAGCUUUAAAAACUGACACUGAGCGCACAUUACAAAGAGAACGCGACGAGUGGUUACGUUCUAAAGACAAAUUAACUCACGAGUUGUCCAACUUGCGUGAAAGCCAAAGCAGCUUGUCCCAGAAGCUUAGCAAGGCAGAGUCCAAGUUAAAUGGCUUGGAAAAUGAACUUCAUAGGACAGGGUUAUCUCUUCAAGAUAAAACCCUUCUUUUAGAUAAUUCGCAGAGGGACUUGACACAAGCCCAGUCCAAAAUGAAAGACCUUGAACAUGGUCUUCAGGUGGAAAAAGACCACAAUAACAAAAACUCAGUGAAGCUAGAGUCUAUGAAUGAGAGACUGGCCCAGAUUACUAGCGAGAACAUGCAGCUUCGUCAGCAGCUAGAAGAUGUGCAGAACAGGGGCAUCAUCAAAGAAAAGACUGUUAGUGAUGUUCAGGAUCGUUUUACUGACAUUUACAAUAAGCUGCGGGCUGACACUAAAAGACAAGUUGACAUAGUGGACGAGAGAAACAAGGAUUUGAUUACCAAGUCUAAUGAGCUGAGGGAACAACUUUAUAAGCUUGAAACAGAAAAAGUGGAACGUGAGAGCACUAUAAGACAACUGCAGCAGGAACUUGCGGAUGCUUUGAAGAAGUUGUCUAUGUCUGAGGCUUCCCUUGAAGUCACAUCUCGUUAUCGAAAUGAUCUUGAGGAGGAGAAGCAACAACUUCAAAAAGAACUAGAAAAGUUUAGAAUUAAGCUGCAAGAUCUUGAGGACCAGUUUAUUCAGUCAGAACGAUGUAACCAUCAGCUGAACAAUGCAUUAGGUGACAAAGAAAGAGAACUGAUAGCUGCAUUUCAGAAAGUUCAGGAAUUUUCUACUGCAGCCACCGGGGCUGACAAAGCAGUUAAACAGCUAGAAGAGCAUGUUCAAAAACUCGAAAUUGAAAAUGCCAGAAUUGAGGCAACCGCAAAACAGCAAGCAGGACAGAUUGAGAGCCUUCAGAAAGAACUCCAUGAAUCAGUUUCAAUGCGUAAUCGGCUUGAAGAUUUGAUUACAAAUUUGCAGUCAACAAAAAUUGGUUUAGAAGAGAAGUUAAACCAGCAGGUACAUAAACAAUCAGCUUUGUCUCAAAAUGCACAAGACUCCCAAAAUCUUUGGGAGGCAGAGCUGAAAUCAAGAUCACAAAUAGGUGUCCGCUUGGCAGAGCUUGAAGGAUUGAAUGCUACUUAUUCUGACCAGCUGUCACUUGAGAAAAAGAAACUGAAGAAAUUGGCAGAACAAAAGAAAUCGAUAGAAGAAAGAUUUGACCAAGAAAUGAAGAGGAGUAAUAAAUUACAGCAAGACGUGGCUGGGCUAAAGAAACUCUUAAAAACUGCCAAGAAGAAACUGAAAGACUAUGAAGGCACUGAACAAAAAAGUGGUUUGGGAGAAGGAUCCAGAAACUAUGGAACAGAUAGUGAAGUUUUAAGAAUGAAAGAAAAGAUUGUAGAACUGUCAUCACAAAUGGAAAAAGAAUCACGUCGGUAUAUGGAGGUAGAAUCUAUAAACCGUGACCUGCAAGAAGAAGUGUCUACAAAUAAGAAGCUAUACAGGAAUAUUGAAAAGUUAGAAAGAGGCAAGAGACAACUAGAGGAAGAACUGGCUGAACUUAAAAGAUCUAUUGAAUCAAGCAAGAUGAGCCAAAGUUACCUAGACGUCUAUAAAAAGGAGGUAGACGAGAGGGGCCGACAAGAAUUACGGCAGCAGCUGGAGGAGGUCAAUCUCUUUCUGCAGGCACAUGCAGCUUCACAAGACAAGCUAGAACAAAUGAGAGCUGAAAAUGAUGCUUCUGUCAGGAGUCAGAUGGAGCAUCGAAUUCAAGACUUAGAAUCUGAACUCCACAGGAUAAAGAACGCUCAACUAGAAAACACGAGCGAGAGAGACUCCAAUAAGCAGGAUAUGAACAGACUUAAGGAGUUAUAUUCAGAAGAACAGAAGGCUAGAAAAUCUUUGACAUCAAAACUAGAGAGAGCUAAUGAAAGACUUGCAGAAGCCAACAGCAAACUGCUUAAUGAAAGGCAAAGGAACAAGUCAUUAAUUGCCAGUACUUUUCUAAAUGGAAGCAUGGGUGCCAGUCCUGUUGUAGACACGAGCCAUCUUGCACGUCUCAGCAGCAACCUGCCAUUCAGUAGGAGCUUGGGACUUCCUGGAGGUUUACUCAAUACUGUUGGGAAUGGUUUGGCUGUAAAUCAAGUAGAGUCCUACUUUACGAAGAUGCAGCAGGAGCUGGAAAAGAAUAUUGCUAAAGAGCUAGAUCAAGCUAAUGCUGAGCUGGAAACUGGAUGUACCAGAAUCUCCCCUGUUGGCUCGAUAGCGGGCUCUCUUAGAAACCUGAACGCUGACCAAGACCCAGUUUCAAGAGCGACACAGCAAUAUCUAGAAGUCUUGAAGAAGAACUACAUGAUUUAAACUGACAUUGUUUACUUGAAGUAAUUGGGUAACGAAGCCAACUUAAGGGACAUAAAGCCCAACUAGUGAGCCAGCCCUUCACUAACAGGCCAUUAACUCUACUCACGCUGCUGUCCCUUUUCUCUGAUGACGCUCCCAACUGCGUGAGUUUCUGGCCUUUUAAUUUGGCGUCUCCUGGGCCAGUCAAUUAAAUGGGGUCUGGAUUGUCAACCACAGUAUGCCAUACACUGAAGUGUCGCAGUGUGUAGGCACCUAUACAGAUGCAAUACAAACAGGACUGUAGAUUUUAAUUCACUCUGUUACAGAUUCAUUUACAUUUUCCUUAAAGAGGUUCCCUAGGAAUGAUUGAAAAUGGCUGCCAGCAACCUGUCCUCCAGUGUGAGCAGGAUCGGUCGCCUCCACUGGCAGAGCUGCCUAGGAUGGUGAGGGGGGGGCCUCACUACACACUACACUGCUCCUACAAUAGAUAGAUGAUGGCAUCCUGCGUACAAAAUGCCAUGCCAGGAACGAUCACCAAUGUGUAGUUUAUGCCAGUGAAACCAUACACAAGAGGGGAGAAAUAUCUAAAACAUAACUUUUAAUUGUACUGUUAAAAAAUGCCAUAAUGUAACAGCCUUACUGAAUUCCUGUAGAGUCAGUUCAUGGUGCAGUAUCGGUAAGGAGACAAGGUGGGGUCCCAGGAGGUUAGGUUUUUGGUGGAAUCGUGGUGCACGUGCUUGGCAUCCACAUCGCAGAUGGGCAGGAUCUGUCACUGUUGUACCUGGAUAUAGAUAAUUAAAGGUUAGGGACCUAGAAUGCCCUGCCUGUCAAAAUACUGAGAGGCGACUCCAUCUGGAGCCCUGAUUCACUGCCAACAGAGCUGCCUAGGAGGGUGAGGGGGCAGGGCCUCGCCACGCUGCUCUACAAUAGAUGGUAAUGAUGGCUGUGCAGCCUGACAGGAAUGUGUAUAUGCCAGUACCAUACUGUAGUGAGGCCCCGCCGACUCACCCCCGCUAGGCAGCUCUACAAGCGGAGACAACCUGCUGGUGGUUGUUUGUGGCCAUUUUAAAUCAUUUCUUUAACAUGAUAAAAUACUGUAAGAUCUGUCAUUUGAAUGACUUGUUAGUGAAGGACUGAGUCUCUAGAGGAGCUUUAUGUCCUUUCGCUGUUUGUUAUUUGAGAAUCAAUACCUUUCCCAGGCCAAGUUAAUGGCUACGUUUUAAAGCAAUCCUCUUGUUUAAGAAAAAAAAACAUUAACUCGGGAACGAACAGAACACUUAUAUGGUGACCUCCCUAUCCUCUUUUUAGUUGCCAAUCCCCUUUUCAGUUAUCCAAGCCGCGCUGCUUCUUAGACUAUCUGAUGCACAAUGAGCAUUUGGUAGUCCAGGACCCUUCAUGCUUGUCCAGCCCUGCUAUUGGAUUGGCCAGCACUACACAUGUGAGCAAAGCUGGCCAAUCCGAGGGCAGCAGGAAGUGUAUUGGACUACAGAAUGCGCAGCAUGCAUCAGGUGGUCUGGGAAGUGGUGCAGCCAGAAGAGGAGCCUGGGAAUUGGGAAGGCACUAGGUAAGUCUUCUGUUCAUUCUUCAGUUGAUUUAAAUUUGUUUUGAACAAGAGGAUGGCUUUAAGUUAGGUCUCGUGCACGUGAACGUUGUUUGGGUCUUCAUCCGAGAUGCUUUUUUUUUUUUUUCAAUGGGGCAAAAAAAUAGAACAUGUCCUAUUGUUAUCCGGAUAGGACUGGUCUAUGUGGUAUCCAGUAUGGCCAUGUGCAUCUUUCUUGAAGACGUUUUCCAGUUUCCAUGGGUAUGUUGCAUUUUGCACUAGUUCCAAACUACAUUCAUGACUUUGUGUUAUUAUUUAUUGCUGCAUCCAUGACCACUGCAUUAGAAGAUGUUGAUGUAACAUUGUGCUGUGUAUGCUGCUUAUUUUAUAUUUUUACUGUUCUCAUUUAGUUCUAUAUGUAUGUUAUGAACUUGAGGUACGCAAUGCCCGUCCAUACAAUGUUUUAUUCACUUUGUGACAGUAUUUAUUUCAAGUGUUAGUGCCAAGAAAGUUUCAGAUUGUAUUUUUGUAAAGAUUUCUACACUGCUGCUGAACAUAAAACGGUACAACAGGAGCCAUGGGACAUUUUAUGUACCCCUCUCAUCAAUUACACUCAUUUUCAGACUGCCUCAAUUCAUUUAAAUGUGUGCGAAAAUAAUAUAGUCUUGAUGUGAAUUCUUUAGGGUACUUUCACACUUGCGGCAGAGGAUUCCGGCAGGCAGUUCAUCACCGGACGCAUUUGUGAGACGGAUCCAGAUGCGU